GGGCACACUGACUACUGCUGGAGUGGAGAGAGAAAGAAGACAGCUGAAGUUCUGCAGCGGGAGCUUGAGCAAUGAGUCAAACCGCGACCACGAAUAGCUUUUGAUUUCUUUCAUUGCUUUAGAAUAAUCUUUCCUUUCAAUUCAUCUGAAGUAGACUGUUAAGUAGACUAAAAAGGUAGAUUUGUGUUAAUGAUUGACAGUCCUAGAUUGAUAUCAUAACCACUCACUGUGGCACAACUGACGACAGCCAUGAUUUGGACUAUUUUAAUAUGCUCUUUCGUGACAUCUGUACUUGGGAAUAAGACAGAGGAAAGAAUACCAUUCUUUCAUGGACAUGUAUUCGAGAACUCGGCGCCGGGAUCCAAAGUAAACGGUCUCAGCAUCCCUGUGAAGCGGGUAGACGCACAGAGAUGGUGCUCCAACUCCGGCGUGCAUCUGAAACUCUUGGGAGACGGAAGUGAAGAUUUCCGUGUCUUUGCCCAUCACAAACGCGGACACAUACUUCUGAAAACCUCGGGUACCCUGGAUAGAGAGGAGCGCUCCGAAUACCUCCUCAGCCUGGGUCUGUGCUGUCAAAGCUGCGCGGCAAAUGGCCUUGUGGUCGCUGAAGUUGCAUCCGUGAAAGUGGACGUUUUGGACACUAAUGACCACGAACCAAAAUUCCCUAAUGCUGAUAUCAAAAUUAGUUUAGACGACGCUACUGCUCUGCGGUCUGUAGUUUAUAAGGUAACAGCGGAGGAUACUGACAGUGGAAAAAACGCUGAACUAAUUUACUUCGCUCUUCCCAAAAAUGGCAGUUUCUACGUAGUUCCUAAAACUGGAGAUAUUCUGCUGGUCGACUCAAUAUUGGGUCUUUCCUCCCCGAUAAAGUUUAACGUUUUUGCAAGGGACCACGGCUGGCCGUCACGGACCAGUCAAUGUAUUGAAAUUGAGAUAAAUCCCCGGCAAUGGCCAGCGGUUCCACCGCCGUCCCAGGGUGAACAGAAUACUAUACAACCUCGGAAGUCGAGGUCCCUGCUAGAGUCGGAUGAGCCAGUUGUAAUAAAUGUAUCGGAGGAUGCCAGUAUUGGUUCUGUUGUGAUUAACUUGAACCCGGUGAGGUUUCAGUCUGCCAGCUUUGAGCUGAUUGAGCCCAGCGUGGAGAGCUCACCAGUCACUGUGAAUCGGGACAGCGGAGAUAUAGUUAUUACCCGGCGCCUUGACCGGGAGACGGAUCCUCUCGUUGAGAUUACUGUGAAAGUUCAAGAUAAAAGAGGUCCUGACUGGUACCUGGUGCAGUUAGAACUGACAGUGACGGACGUGAAUGACAACGUUCCGGAAUGGACCAUGACCCCUUCCCCCUAUUUGGCGGUGGUGCCUCCCGACACCCAGGCCGGAUACCUCGUCUACAAACUUCAUGCCCGGGACGAGGACGAUGGCAACAAUGGGGAGGUGGAGUACUUCCUGUCUGACGGCGGUGAUGGGCGUUUCGAGGUGGACAGGAAGAGCGGUCAUGUGCGGACCACGGGCCUGCCCCUGCAGAGGGACAGGGAGUAUCUGCUGACCGUGGUGGCCGCUGACCGGCUGGGGAGUCGUAGUAACCCGGCAGCGGUGUCCGUCAUAGCCGGGGCCAGAGCACCUCAGUUCUCCAACGCCUCCUUCACCAUCUCUCUACCAGAGAACAUACCGGAGGGACAGCCCUUCCUGACAACUCCAGCCAUGUCCUUCCAGAAGCGGCCAAUCACCUACAGUCUGCUCAUCAAUCCCAGCAGUCUGUUCAGCAUGCAGGCUGACACAGGGGAGAUCAGCCUGACCAGGACCAUAGACUUCGAAACUGACCAGCAUAGCUUCCUACUCAUGGUUAGAGCCAGCGAGGACCAGGACAGUCUGAGCAGCGCUGCCGAGGUGCGUGUGAUUAUCACAGACGAGAACGACUGUGUUCCUGAGUUUCUACAGUCAAUUUACAGCAAAGACAGUGUUCCGGAGACGGUAACCACAGCAACGUCUCUGCUACAAGUUUCUGCCAGUGACUGUGACUCGGACCUGAACGCUGAGCUGACCUACUACACCCUGAGCCCAGACUUCAGUAUCUCUCCCCACGGGACCAUCUUCCCGGCAGGCCAGCUGGACUACGAGAGGCCCAACCACCUUUAUGAGUUUGUGGUGAUGGCCGUGGAUAAAGGAGACGUUCCCCGUACUGGCACGGCCACGGUACGCGUUCGCAUGGCAAACGUCAACGAUGAAGAACCCGAAUUCUCCCAACAUGUAUACCGGACCUUUGUCUCAGAGGAUGCCGGGCCCAACACCCUCGUUGCCACAGUCCUUGCCAAGGACCCAGAUGGUGAUGGAAUCACCUACAAAAUCACUACAGGCAACGAUGAGGGUAACUUUGUUAUUGACAGCCAGAAAGGUCUGAUCCGGCUGCGCUCCAGCCCCCCUCCCAGACUCCAAGGGGUGGAGUACAUCCUGAACGUCACGGCGACCGAUGACAACGCGUCCGGCGGCCCACAGGCCCUCUCCUCCACCGCUCUGGUCAUCGUCGGCGUGGACGACGUGAACAACAACAAACCCGUCUUUGAGAAGUGCCAGCAGUACCGGGAGCGGUCCACAGUUCUGGAGAAUCAGCCUGCGGGAACGUUCGUCCUCCAGGUGCACGCGAUAGAUGCUGAUGAAGGGUCUAACGGGAGGGUGACCUAUGGAUUCAUGCACAAAGACAGCACAGUGCCGGCGUUCAGUAUCAACGCAGAAACGGGUGUGAUACUGACAUCCAGGAAGUUUGACCGAGAACGACAGCGGGAAUAUGCCGUGACAGUGACCGCAACAGAUCAAGCGACAGAUCCACUUAUAGGAAUCUGUCAACUCAACAUCCUCAUACUGGACGAGAAUGACAACAACCCAAAGUUUGAGAACCUACGCUACGAGUACUUCCUCCGGGAAGACACAAUGAUUGGCACCAGUUUCCUGCGUGUGGCAGCCCACGACGAUGACCACAGCACCAAUGCGGCCAUCACCUACUCCAUGUCCAAAGAACAGCCGGAGUACCUCCGGGUCAACCCCCUGACGGGCUGGGUCUAUGUCAACCAACCCAUUUCACAGAGGUCCUCCAUCACUCGGAGGAUCGUUGCCACGGACGGGGGCAACCGGAGCAGUUCGGUGGAGCUGUCCGUCUCCAUCACCAACGUGAAGAACCAGCCGCCGCAGUGGGAGAACGACAGCUACGAAGUGGUUAUCCCGGAGAACACCGUCCGGGACACUCCCAUAGUGACUAUCAAGGCCACCUCUCCCCUCGGGGACCCUAGAGUGACCUAUAACCUAGAAGAUGGGAUGGUGCCAGAAACCAACAUGCCUGUCCGCUUCUACCUGACCCCUAACCGCGAGGACGGCUCCGCUUCCAUCCUAGUGGCUGAGCCUCUUGACUAUGAGACCACCAAGAAUUUUAUACUCAGGGUCCGGGCUCAGAACGUGGCGGCAGUCCCCCUGGCAGCCUUUACCACUGUGUAUCUUAAUAUAACAGAUGUUAAUGAUAACGUCCCCUUCUUCACCUCGUCCAUCUACGAGGCAUCGGUCACGGAGGGUGCGGCGGUAGGGACGUUCGUCACGCAGGUGUCGUCCAACGACCUGGACCUGGGGCUCAAUGGAAAGAUCUCCUACUCUCUGCUGAACGACCGCAGUGGGGACUACCAGUACUUCCGGAUUGACCCUGAGAUGGGCUCCAUCUACACAGAGGCAGUGUUUGACCGUGAAUCCAAAGGAUCCUACCUGUUGGAGGUCAAGUCUGUGGAUGGCUGGGAAUCAGCCCGGCCAGGGAAACACGGGCAACCUAACUCAGACACAGCGUACGUGAGGGUUUUCAUCAGCGAUGUGAACGAUAACAAGCCUGUCUUCGCUCAGACGGCGUAUGAAGUCGACGUGGAUGAGGACGCUGACGUGGGCUUCGCCGUCCUCACUGUCAGUGCUAAUGACGAGGAUGAAGGUGCCAAUGCUAAGCUCCGGUACCAGAUCACAUCUGGCAACACAGGCGGAGUGUUUGAUGUGGAACCGGAGGUGGGCACCAUCUUCAUUGCCCAGCCUCUGGACUACGAGCAGAACAAGAGGUAUAAGCUGUUGGUGCUGGCGUCCGAUGGGAAGUGGGAAGACUACACGGAUGUGACGGUCAACGUGGUCAACAAGAACGACGAGGCGCCGGUAUUCACGGAGAACGAGUAUUACGGCUCUGUAACGGAAGAGCUGGAUGGAUCGCCCGUGUUUGUGCUCCAGGUAACCGCUACCGACCCAGAUAAGGAUGCCGACCAGGAGGCACUGAGGUACUCCCUCCACGGCCAGGGAGCUGAGAGCGAGUUCAUUAUUGAUGAAGUGACUGGCAAGAUCUAUGCUCAGAGGACAUUGAACCGGGAAGAGCGGGCAGUGUGGAGAUUCGUGGUCCUGGCCACUGAUGAAGGCGGUGAAGGCCUGACCGGAUUCACCGACGUCAUCAUCAAUGUGUGGGACAUCAACGACAACGCGCCCGUCUUUGUCUGCGCGCCCGAUUGUCGCGGCGAUGUUCCGGAGAACUCCACCCCUGGCACAUCCGUCAUGGAGAUGACAGCCGCUGACCUGGAUGACUCAGCCGUGGGCCAGAACGCUGUGCUCUCGUACAGGAUUGUGGGUAAUACAGGCUCAGGUAGCGGUGGUGAGGACAUGUUCAACAUAAACCCGUCCUCGGGCACCAUCUCAGUGGCGAUGAGCGGUCUGGAUCGGGAGCAGGCGGAAACUUACCUUCUGGUGGUGGAGGCCAGGGAUGGGGGUGGCAUGACAGGCACAGGCACCGCCACCAUCCGGGUGACUGAUGUUAAUGACCACGCACCAAGGUUCACCGACCGCUCCUGUAUGGCAAGGGUCCCUGAGAGCAGCGAGCCCAACGCCGUUGUCCUUGAUCUGUCGGCUGAGGACAAAGACACCGGGGAAAAUGCCCAGCUCACUUUCAGCGUGGUGGCCGGUGACCCGGAACAGAAGUUUUACGUGGUGAGCCACCGGCAGGAGCAGCGUGGCACCCUGAGGCUGAGGAAGAGACUGGACUAUGAGAGGCCCAGCGAGCAGCGCUUCAACCUCACCCUGAAGGUGGAGGACCUGGACUUCUCCAGCCUCAUCCACUGUGUGGUUGAAGUAGAGGACUGCAAUGACCACGCGCCUGUCUUCAUCUCGCAUGUCCAGUCACCGGCGCCCCUACCCGAAGACGUGCCUGUGGGCAGCAGUGUUGCCAGGCUGUCAGCCAGCGACUCGGACUCUGGCCAAAACAAAGAGGUGACCUAUAGUAUCCUCCAGGAGUCAGACCCUCUGGGACAGUUUUCCAUUGACCAAUCUGGCCUGGUCACUGUGGCCAGCCCUCUGGACAGAGAGACGGCAGCGCAGCAUCAUCUGGUCAUCCUGGCGACAGACCACGGCUCUCCGGCUUUGACGGGCAGCACCACCAUUCAGUUGGCACUUCUGGACAUAAACGACAACGGGCCGGAGUUUGAGGCGGCCUACACCCCAGUCGUGUGGGAGAAUGUUGCCGGCCCCCAGCUGGUACGAGUCAACCAGACGUCUAUGCUGCUAAACGCCAUUGACAGAGAUUCGGCAGAAAACAGAGGCCCAUUCCACUUCAGUCUGCCACUCGAGUUGCGCCACAGCAACGACUUUUACCUGCAAGACAAUGGAAACGGUACAGCCACCGUCACGGCUUUAAGGGCUUUCGACCGGGAGAGGCAGAAAGAGUUCCCCCUGCCAAUCAUCAUGAGUGACAGUGGCCAUCCACCCAAGACUGUCACCAACACCCUGACUAUCACCAUAGGAGAUGAGAACGACCACGCCCAUCAACCGGGACAGAAGGAGAUGUUCAUCAACAGUCACAGAGGGAGGAUGCCGACGACAGUCCUGGGGAAGGUCUACGCACCAGAUCCAGAUGACUGGGACAACAAGACUUUUGCCUUUGAGGGACAUGUGCCCAACUACUUCCUCCUGAACAAGCGGACGGGCUUCCUGAUUAUUAAGGAGAACGCACCCCCUGGGAGCUACGAGUUUCAGGUGCGCGUGUCAGAUGGAGUGUGGCCAGACGUUGUCUCCGGGGUAACGGUGCAUGUCAGGGAGCUGCGUGACGAGGCCAUCUACAGCUCUGGAUCACUCCGUCUUGCAGACAUUACGGCGAAGGAGUUCAUCGAGCGGCGCGGCAGCUCGAAGAGCCGUUAUGAGCUGCUUGUCGACUUCCUGUCCGAGAUGUUGGCGGUGGGCGUAAAUGACAUCAAUGUCUUCAGCCUGAUGGACGUCAGAGAAAGGGCCCUGGACGUGCGCUUUGCCGUGCACAGUAACCCCUUUCUCAAAGCUGAGAAACUACACGGUUACCUCGCUGCUCAUAAACAGAAGCUUCAGUCGUUCCUGCAGGUGAACCUCAGCCAGGUGCACGUGGACGAAUGCGCCGAUGCUGACUGUGGCGGCAGUGGCGGCUGUUCCAACGUGUUGAGCGUCAGCGACACGCCCACCGUGGUGGACUCUGGGAGCAUGGCGCUGGUGUCGGUGACAGUGGAGUCCGCCACAGUCUGCAGCUGCUCAGGGAGGGAGCACAUCCACCAAAGCUGCUCCUCAUAUCCCAGGAACCCUUGCUUCAACGGCGGAGUCUGCGUGGACACUCAGAACGGCUACAGAUGCCAGUGCUCUACGCAGUUCGAGGGGCCGGAGUGCCAACAGACCAAGCACAGUUUCCACGGCAACGGCUAUGCCUGGUUUCCUCCCAUAAGGCCUUGCUUCGAGAGCCACGUUUCCCUGGAGUUCAUCACGGAGGUUGCAGAUGGUCUGCUGCUAUACAGCGGGCCUCUGGCACAGCUCCAACCAUGGGAACCUGAAGACUUCAUGGCUAUAGAGCUGAUCGAUGGCACUCCCACCCUCACGAUAAACCACGGUUCGGGCACACUGGUCCUUCAGUUGCCAGGCAACGUGAACGUGGCAGACAGAAGGUGGCACCGUCUGGACGUGAGGAGCAACAGUAAGGAUGUCCGCUUCACACUGGACCGCUGUGCCGGGGCCACGGUCUUGGAGAUGGAGGGAGUGGGCAGCUGGCUGACCACAUGGGACCAAACGUCCUGCGAGGCCAUUGGGUUCACGCCACCGCCGGACAGGCAUCUGAAUGGAACCCAUGUGUUACAGCUGGGUGGAGUCAACGAGAACCUGCCCUACGUGUACCCUCAGCUACAACACAAACACUUCAGCGGCUGCAUCCGCAACCUUGUGGUGGACAGCAAGCUCUUUGACCUGGGCUCCCCAGCCGACUCGGUUGGCAGCACCCCCGGUUGUCUGACCACGGACGGGAGCUGUGUCAACAUGGGCUUCCCAUCCUGUGGCCCUCGGGGGCGUUGCCAUGGAGAGUGGGGCUCCUUCAGUUGCCAGUGCUUGCCCGGGUACACUGGGCAUCAGUGUGAACAGGACGUUCCGGAGUAUUCCUUUGACGGGCGGAGUCACGUUCAUUACCAGUUGGCGUCUCCUCUGCCAGCCAGGUGGAUGUUGGUACAGGUUCUGGUCCGGACCCGCAAACAUGGCAGCGCCAUCCUCAGCCUACUGUCCAAGGAACAGAGCGAAUAUCUACGCCUAGAGAUUUACCAAGGCCUCCUGGCUGUCUUCUAUAACCUGGGGGAUGGCGACUACAACUUGACCUUGCCCUCCUAUCGCCUGGACAAUGGCGAGUGGCACGAGGUCCACCUGGAUCGCCACGACAACGAGCUGACCCUGCGUCUGGACGGCGGCGGGGGCAGGCGGGAGGCCAGCGCGGCGCCGGGGCGGAGCCGAGAGAUUGUUAUCGACCCCACGGUGGUGAUGCUGGGAAGCGCCUUCCCCUCCGGCUCCAACAAGAGCUUCCAGGGUUGCAUGCGGGACCUGAGGCUGAAUGGUCGAUACGUGCCUCUGGAUGGCCAGCCCAGAGACUCGGUCUCUGUGGUCAGCUCCCAGGGACUCUCUGUGGGAUGUUCCUCCGACUCCUGCAAGAGGAACAAGUGCAGCCCGCCCUUCACCUGCGUCGACCUCUGGAGAGUCCACGAGUGCAGGUGUCCCCCUGGUCACAUGGUGAAGGUGAACAGCACCGGGAGGUUCUGCCUCUACACUCUUUGCGCCAGCCGCCCAUGCCACCGGGGUACCUGCGUGGCCCAGUCGCCCUCCAAGUUCUCGUGCCACUGCCCCGAAGGCUACCGGGGACGCCACUGCGAGGUGGCGCUGGCCAUCUACCAGGACGAUGUGGGCCUGAGCUUCAGUUCUCUAUUCGCCAUUUGCGUCUGCUUCAUGGCACUGCUAGCACUGCUGCUAGGCAUCUUCUUGUACACCCGCUGGCGUAGCUACAAGGGUCUAAAGGAGGGCGUGUACCAUGUGUCGGCACACCACGACGGCUGGGAGGACAUCCGAGAGAACGUGCUCAACUACGACGAGGAGGGAGGAGGAGAGGAGGACCAGAAUGCUUAUGACAUGGCAGAGCUCCAGAAGUCUCUCCAGCCCAGUCCGGCCCAAUCGGUCCAGUACAGCCGUACCAGAGCCAUCCAUCAGCACCAUCACCCCCACACCCAGCGCCAACAUUCCCAAAGCCAGGACACCUUCAGCAGGCUAGGAGCUGGCACCGCCCCCUCCUCCUCAUCAUCCUCUACCACCACUGUGACCACCCUGCGUAGGGAUGUGCCCCCCGCCAGGACCUCUGCACAGGGCCAGAGUAGGCCUCUCCUGCUUGCCAGAAAGAGCCUCUCCUUUUCCAGCCAGGACCUGGCCCGCUACCUGUGCGAGAUCAUCCGGGAUGCCGACCAGGCCCCGGAGACGGCCCCCUUCGAUUCCCUGCAGGUGUUCUCCACGGAGGGGGGAGGCUCACCGGCCGGGUCCCUCAGCUCCUUCAGCUCCGCCGGGCUGGAGGAGGACACGUCCGCCGGCCAGGAAUGCCUAAAGGAUUGGGGGCCGCGCUUUGAGAAGCUCAAAGCCCUCUAUGAGAAGGCCGAGGCCAGUGACCACUGAUCGCCGAGAUGAACCAAACAGACCAAGGACCGCGGAGAACACCGGGCAGCAGGAAAGGAUACGACCACAGCAAAGGAUCCGGAAGGAGAAGGAUGAGUACAGGAAGGAGAGAGAGACUAGUGGUAAUCAUGACCUCUCUCCUCUCUGGCGUUGUUUCCUUCUCCACUGGGUUUUGCCCCUGAAACCGGGAAUGAGUCUGGGGCGAGAACGGACGUUAACCUGACAGAAAAUCGCUGUUCACGGGACAACGGCAGAUGCCAUUGACACAGGCAGAUGCUUAUGGCAAUUAGCGAGCGGGCCUUCGGUAGUGACUUGCGUUCAGUAAGGAUUCGGGUGAGAAUGUUCUUUAAGUUUUUCAAUAGAAGGAAAUUGUCCGGUACAUCUUGGACCUUGCUAAAACGUACUCCGUCCUCUAUGUCUGUAAUGCGUCUGUGUUUUAAGCGCUUACGCUUCAUGCGGGAAGACUUUGCGGUGGCCUUCCGGUGGGCUCUCUGCCAGGCCUGCAGUCAACAGGUGUGCUCUUAAGGUAUAUAUUUACACUCCUAACGUGAUUUGGUUUUCUAUCCACCACUCUCCCUCGCCUUGCAUUUCUAUUCACUGGAGAACUCAAUUAUCAAACUUGUGAGUAAGGAAGGAAGAAAGAGCAGAGCCUUUUUUUGUGUUUCUCAGCUUUAACCUUCUUCCUCAGGAAAACCAAACAUUCUGAACUCCACCACUCUGAAGAACAUUCUAUGGUGUUCCACAUGACUAAUGCAUUGUGAAUGGCAGACUGUUUUCAACAGCUUAUGAAGGGUUGGAUCCAACUACAGAACAAAAAAUGACAUGGUGGCCAUAGUUGACUGUUAAAUGGCGGGAAUGGAGGAAGCCCUAGCAAUUUCACAGGAAACAGUAUGAGCCCAGCGGUUUGAACGAUCGCAUGGGAAAUGAUAUGGCUAGCGGGGUUAUUCACAGGGGAGGGAAGCCAGGGGUUUCACCCAUUUAUCUACCCCAAAACCUGAGGAUGAUACUCUAUCCCCAAUAGCCCCCCUCCUAUCAUAAAUACCAGGACCAAUCUGCCCAAAUUUUAAAUAAAUAAUAAAUAAACAUCAAAAGCCAGAAUUCAAUGCAUUCGUGUUUUUACCGCUGAUGGGAGAGAGAUGCAUGCAGAGUGGAGGUGAAAUUAGAGGAAAGGAUGAGAAGAGGGAGGGUCUGGGCUCAUUCAAAGCACCUCGGGGACUGAGUUAAAUGGGCUUGUGUGAGGAGCUGUGAAGCUCAAUGGGGAGUAGAAAAGGGGACGGGAAAUGCAUUUUGGAAAUGCUUUGUUGCACAGCAAAUGGAAUAAAUAAAAAGACAUGUAACCUCCCUCUGCGACUAAACGCCAGGCUUGUACAGAAUUUCAUGCGUUCGGAGGUAGCAUUAGCACACCCUUCUCAUUAUUUUGAUUUUAUAUCUCGUUUUUCUUUUUUUUACCGCAGAGAUGCUGCAUGUUGAGCGUGACAGCACAACAGUUGAAGGGUAGGUGUGUUAAACGCGUCAGAGUGCUAAUCCUAAUGCGAGCCGAUGGCGGCACUGUCAGGCCCGGAACCAAAGGAUCAUGGGAGUUUCACAGGUCGAUUGAGAAGUCGACAUUCUGAUUAUGGAUUUCAAACGUGCCAAUUUUCUGAAAGGCAGCACCAAAAAUAGGAUGUGGAGGUGAGGGUAUGGAAGUCUGCCGCAUUGCAAUUAUUUUUUUUUAUAGACAUCAAAAACUCCUCGAGGGAUGAGAGUUCUGAUUCAUCCAUCGAACAUGGUAGUGCAGGAACUGGGGUUAUAGAGGAGCUUGUGAAAAUAAUCAUGAUUGAAAUGUGAAGAUAGUGUUUGGGAUUCACAGGAUUUCUCUCCCGGUUGGAGAGAAGAGAUUCUACUUUCAUUUGAAUCAUAAAUGGCUUCAACAUUGUGUAUUGGAUAAAGACAUAGUGGAAUUUUAAGUUUUUACCUCAUUUGUAAAUACAAAGGUUAAUGAAAUCAUUGCUUUUUUAAUGUGUCAAUGGAAGAACUAUGAACCACGUACCGCUUCUUAAAAAAAAGUGAAUUUAUCUUUUUUAUCAUUAUCAUGACAAGCUUUGAAUAUAGAUAUCUUGGUGUUUUGUAUUUGCAUCAAUCUUUUUUCUUAAUAAAGAUUCAUUU